AAAAGGUUUCUUCACGGUCCAUUAUUCUCUCUCUUUCUCUCUCUCUGCAUUCGAUUCGGACCUGCAAAAAGAGACAUUGCAAGAAGAUUUCUCUGUAAAUUUACGGAACACGAAAAAGCGCACGUAUGCAUGAUCAACCGUCGAUUUGACAGGCUGGUCGAAUUUCUUCGUUAAAUAAUAUCUAUUUGGAGAACUGAAUCCUCGAUCAGGAGUGCGUAGGUAUCUAUUUUAUUCUGUUAUCUCUUGUUAUUUUGAGGAUCUGGGUUGCAUUUGUUGGAACAACGGAGAAGGGUUUGAUCAAGGACAAAUUCAUGAUAAAAGGGAAAAUUAGGGCUCUACCUGACAUUUCAUUUUAUUAGCAAAAUUCCACUUGGGCAGAUUCCAUACCAUGUCAGGCAACAUAGAUAUAAUAAGCAUCGUUGGCUACCAUAAUUUAUCCAACAAACAUGGGACAAAGAAAUAUGAUUUGUAGUAGUCAGAUUCUUGAUUUGGAAAUGGAUCAACGUGGCCAGGGCCAGCUCCAGCUUGAGCCCUGUAUUCUUAUGGGGAAUACUAUUGAUUUUACACACCAUAAUGUCAAUCCACUGUUGUCAGCUUCUUGGAACAUGUUUAAUCCUAAUCUCCAUCAUCUGCCAGAUCAUCACGAUAACAGUGUAAUUUAUGGGACUCAGUAUAACAUUCAUCCUAUUCACCACCCUCUUGCAAACCUUGAUUUUGGUCUCUCUGCUGAAUCAAAUUUUUACAAUCCAUACAUGAUCGCUUCAUCUGAUGGUAGAAUCUGCCACACUUCACUAAAUCAUGGUUCUACUGAUCAGUUGCCUUCUUCCAGCAAUCAUGGAAUAAGUGGAAUUGGUGUUGAUGAAUAUGAUAGAAUUGAUAACUCCAUGGAUGAUGCUAGAGGUUCAUUCAAGAGAAAGACUGCAGAAGGGAUUCCAGGAAACUACCAACAUGUUAAUGGUGCGACAAGCUCAAGUUCUGCUUCUUUGGGUGCUACCUUGAAUACAGGGCUGCAGCAAUGGGAAGAACAGUUCAGACCUGUAUCUGGCAUGUUAGAUGCUCGCUCUCUCAAUGUACCGGAGUAUAGAGGGAAUGAGGUUGUGCCUAUUGUGGAAGGAGUUAGGAGAAGUGUGAGGAGCAGAUCAGGUCCUAUUGGUCUUCAGCUGGAUCCUACUCUGGCACAUAAUCAUGGCCAUUUUCUUCAGGGGAAUCACAUCACUCGAUCAUUUCAUCCAGCCAACAAUCCUUGGAUGGAAGAACAGUUUGGGAGCAAUACUGGAGAUAGAGGCGUUUCCACCUGGAACUGUGCACCUACUUUUCCUUAUUUGCAUGGAAGGAAUAUAAAUGGAGGCUCUGUGGAGAUAGGGAAUGCCAUUAGACAGGGAUACCAGGAGGCAUUAAGCAAUAGAAGUUCUGCACUUCUUUUUUAUCCUUCUCCUAUGAACCCUCACCACAGCCAGCAGUAUCAUGAUAAUCAUCAGCAUCAUCACUACCACCACCACCAAUUGCCUCCAACUAUGCAAGGUCUGCGAGGACAUAAUUAUGGUUACCACCAUCAAUUACCACCACCUUCAUAUGUGCAUCCAUCAAACAGCACCUUGCUCCAUAGCAGUCUGAAUCCUUCUCAUGAUGAUAUUGUGACAGGGCCUACGUAUCAGAGGCCCUUUCUACCCACUGGAUUUAGGAUAUAUCGGCCUAACCGAAGAGUACCUCAGGCUGCUACAGAAGAGGGAAACAGACCCCGCGUGAGAAUUGUUUCAGAUAAUGAUGUUGCUAUACUCGAGUUUCAAGGCUUUGGAGAUUUUAUUGAUCAUCAUAGUGAUAUGCGGUUGGAUAUAGAUCAUAUGUCUUACGAGGAGCUACUUGCCUUGGAGGAACGGAUUGGUGAUGUUAAUACUGGAUUGACAGAGGAAACCAUCACAAGGCAACUGAAAACAAGAACUCACGUUUCUUCAACAGUCUGUUUCAAUUUGGAUGAGCCAGCAAACAUGGAUCAGGAUACUGCAACCUGUAUUAUAUGCCAGGAUGAGUACGAGAACCAGGAGAAAAUUGGCACGCUCAGUUGUGGACACGAAUACCAUGCAGUUUGCAUAAGGAAAUGGCUGUUGGUGAAGAAUGCAUGUCCCGUCUGCAAGACUACAGCUUUGGCUGUAGAAGGCAAGGAUUGAUAAGAGGGGAAUUCCCAGUCUUGUUCUGUUUUGUACAUAUUGAUACUGUUACUGGUUAGACCAUUCAUUAUCAGCCCUCAGAAUGUGGGGGAAACUCUCUCUCUCGAACUGUACAAAAACUCAUUCAAUAUUCAUUCAUACACUGCAGAAUGAAUCUACAGUGAACUAAUAAUAUUGGAAGGAUUUGCUUGGAUAUA